AUGGCGGGAGACUCAAGGUUAUACAGCGACCUACCCGUGCGCAUGGCGUGUCGCACAUCUGCACCGCUGACCUUGAGACGUUCCCUGCUAGUGUGCGGCCUUCUUCUUGGUGCACCGGCGUUGCUGCCAACUGUCGCCGCUGCCUAUGUCGAGUCGGUGCCGUGUCUCGGCCAGGAGGCUUUUUCCAUCGGCGGCGGAAUCAGGUUGGAACGGAUUGGGUUGGACGUUCGCUUGCUCAGUCCCGGACAGCUUAUAUUCGACGAGAAAACCCCGGUGAACUCGACGACGCUGGAGCUCAGGAUCGAUCUCAACUUCCCAAACUUCACCUCCUGUGCCGAUCUUCCCGCCCGGGAAUGGAAUGCCUUGGUUCACCUGCAACGGCCCGGCACCUCAAAAACGAGCAUUCUUCGCCAAGCCAAUUUCACCUGCCAACCAAGUUGGUAUCCCCAAUUUUACCCCGGCGUUAUUUCAACUUCUAUCGUCCACUACGAUGUAGGGCCGCUAGAUCCCUUCCCCGCGUUCGCUGUAGACCUUUCUAUGGGCCCACUGCAAGGGGAUAGGGUGAAUGCGUCUUAUUGUUCAUACUUUGAGGUCAUGCCUGUCCUCGGAAGAGGCGCAAUCAUAGGACUUAGGUUAGGUCCGAUAGCCAUCUUCACCCUCGUCCUGAUAUCUGGGGUCUUGGCCACUCUUUACUCUGAUAUGGAUCAUCCGCCGUCAGGUUCUUUACAUCGUCGGUGGGCUUCGGUUGAUGGGAUCUCGCCAUCGCGCGACACAAACUCGACUGCCACCCGGCCCAUUCUGCCUGGGGUUGGAGAUUGCCUUCUGUAUCUGCAAUUCAUCUUCCUCAUGGGAGCCCUGACGGUACACUAUCCGCCUUUCUACCAGCCAGUCACGUCUCAACUGAGCUGGGCGGCUCUCUUCAGCCCGGUCGGCCCACUCGGCGCCGGUAAAGGAUACGUUAACAUCAAGAACGGCAUCUACGAGAUGAAUGGCACUCUCUCCGGCGGUACGUUCGGGUUUGAGCUCCUCACUCAGAUCACCGGAGGGCCGAUGAGGAUGGAUAUUUGGUGGAACAUGGUCAUCUUGGCCGUCAUUGUCGCCUUCGCAACCGCGCUGCUCCUGCAAAUACCUCGAAUAUUGCCUACGAUUCGCGAGAAAUUCACCUCGACGCCGUCGAACCAACCUCCACCACCGACCAAGCUCAGUGCGACCCGUACCGCAUGGAACGUCGUCAAGGUCGUUUUGAGCUACUUCCUCGCGCCCAUCGUAGCCCUGUCGGCAUACCAGCUCUGCAAUCUAUUCUUGCCCGUCUACCACCUGGUCCUGGCGUCGCUCUUCAUCUUGGCUGUUGUCAUCUGCUUCAUAUGGAUGUCAAGGGUAGCCCCCAGGAGUCAGUUGGGUAAUCUGCUGGUUGGAGGUGCGAAAACCCGUUACCGGGUUUUGCAUCAAAGGGAAAACAGCGGCGACCGAGCCAUGAGUCAACCGACCAAGCCCAAGAGCGACAAAGCCAGCGAGAUUAACCUCUUCACCAUGAUGUUCUUUGCAGUAGUCUUCAUCAGGGGAAUCACCAUUGGAGGCUUGCAGUCGUUUGCGCUUGCUCAGAUCGCCACGCUGGGUGCGAUAGAGAUGGUCAUGUUCAUCAGCACCUUGUUUCUGAGGCCUUUUGCGACUCAGGAUCUGGUUAUCUCGGCGGGGAGCUGUCUUGCCCGCUUCGGCGUCGUCAUGCUCACGGUCGUGUUUUUAAGCCAGCUGGAUGCCAAAUUUCAGACAAAGAUCGCGGUGGGAUACAUCAUCCUGGGCAUCCAUACGACCGUUCUCGUCUUGGGCUGCGCCAUUCCAGCCAUUCUCCGCUUGAUAGGUCUCGCCCGUGCCAACCUCAAGACUGUGGAUGGAAAACAUGUUUACGGACUCGAUCGGCUCCGCAGACGCAGCACAGCCUUCAACGACCUAUCCCAGUUGGACGUCGGGUCCGAUCACAAUGGAAACCUGGCCCACAGUCCGCAUCUCGUAUCACCGGCUUCAGUCCAUAGUCCUCACGCCUCAUUAGGCAAAGGCUCAAGGACGACGUUUGAUAGCCAUCGAUCGGCCAGCCAGUCGACCCUCCGGCCCGGCACCCGCGACCGAUUCUUCCGCGAACCCCGGGCGAAAACAUCCCAGACGUCACUCAAUUCGUCAUAUAGCCCCAACAGCCCGAGCCCGAUAGACCGCAGCAAGCUGUCUUCAGAAGGCGAACGCGACUCCCUAGGGCCGCUGAGGAAAGCCACUACUCUGAACCUGCCGACGGCCGGCGGCUCUUCCAGAAACCGUCGCCACUCAUCCGCGUCGAUAUUAUCGGACGGGACGCUCGUCGACGCGUCGGAGCCCCCCUUGCCGCUCGCCCGGCCAGCCCUCGCGCCGCGCUGGGGUGAUUACUCGUUCCGCGAAGCCGACCUCUACUACCGCCAACCGCCUGCCUACCAAGGCGCCAACGAGAACGACUGGGCCUCUUCCGCCGCGGCGGACUCGUCGUCUUCGAACCGGCAGGAAGGCCUGCGGAGCUUGAGCGCGGGGGUCAGCGUCUGGGCCCAGUUGACAGGAUCCAAGACGACGGGUUCGUCUGGCGGUGGCGGAAGCGGAUUUGAGGUGCGCAGGCCGCCUCGGCCCGUCCCGGAGCAGUCUGGCAGGUCCGCCUCGGCGGGCACGUUUGAGGUCAGGAGGCCGCCUAAGCCUCCCCAGCCGUGA